CAUCUCUUGCUUCGCUUUGCAUUUUGCACCAGACCCUACGAUUUCAUAACGUCUACAUCCUCUGGCAACGUGCGCGAAAGACCUCUACCUGCUCAUACCGUUAGAGGGCGUUCAGGCGCAAUAGGCCUACACGUUCUCAGUGCUCACUCCACCCCGAAAUCAUGGCUUAUCAGCCUCAGAAACGUCGCCUGACCCUGAGGAGUGAGGUAGACCAUAGAGAUCACAAGUCGCAGAGAAGAUGCACCGCUUCCUAUGAACGAUAUACAAUCGCUUGGAUCUGUGCACUGCCAAAGGAAAUGACCGCAGCUCGAGCUGUGUUGGACGAUGUCCAUGAACCCUUACACAGGCAGAAGAACGACACCAAUUCGUAUAUACUUGGCAACAUAGGGUGCCACAAUAUCGCUAUUGCGUGUUUGCCAACCAAUGAGUAUGGAACGAAUAAUGCGGUAAACGUCUUGACCAAUCUUACCCGCACCUUCACAUCCAUUUAUCUUAGCCUCAUGGUUGGGAUUGGCGGCGGGGUCCCUGGGGAGGACUUUGACAUUCGUUUAGGCGAUAUAGUUGUUGGUACUCGCGUGGUGCAGCACGAUCUUGGGAAGAUCAUGGGAACUGGGCGAAUCCAACAUACUGCAGUCCCGAGGACUUUGGCCCAUCUAAUUGGCAAAGCUUUAUCGUGCCUACAAGCGGAGCAUCAACCGCAUAGCAGCCGGAUUCCCCUCAUCUUGGAAGAAAAGUUCAAAGCGUAUCCAGCCUACGCCCGCCCAACUACAGCGGAUCGUCUCUUCUCUUCAGCAUACCAGCACAAAUCUCGAGCACAAAGCUGCGAUGAAUGCAGCCCUUCGGCACUGAAACGGAGAAGCGAGCGGAAUACAGAUAAUCCAUAUAUCUAUUAUGGUACCAUCGCCUCAGGAAAUCAAGUUAUAAAAAGCUCAACAGUUCGCGACAAGAUCUCCCAGGAACUCAAUGCCAUUUGUUUCGAGAUGGAAGCGGCUGGCCUUAAUGAUAUAUGUCCCUGUCUGUCAGUACGGGGAAUCUGUGAUUAUUCUGACUCUCAUAAGAGCAAAGAAUGGCAAGAAUAUGCUGCCGCCACCGCUGCCGCAUUCGCAAGAGAAUUCCUGGAAAAGCUCCCUCCUACAGAAGAAAUCUCUGCAAGCACACCAGAGAGUGUCCAAGAACAGGACGAUUGGCUUCGGAACGAAAAGUACAACAAGCUUUUGCGCGAUCUGCGCGAGACUGAUCCUCGUGAUGACAAGAGCCGUAUCGAAGAUACGAAAGGUGGACUGCUGGAAGAUGCGUACCGCUGGAUCCUUGAGAACGACAAAUUUAAAGAAUGGUAUAAUGCUUCCCAGAGUGAGCUUCUUUGGAUCAAAGGCGACCCUGGCAAGGGUAAAACAAUGUUGCUAUGUGGACUCAUCAAUGAAUUUGAGAAAGAGCAUUGUCUCUUGUCCUACUUCUUUUGUCAAGCCACUGAAGCACGAUUGAGUAACGCGACAGCCGUGCUCCGUGGUCUGAUCUACUUGCUUCUUGUUAAAUGUCCUCCGCUUAUCUCUUACAUCGAGGAGAAGCAUGAUCAUGCGGGCAAGCAGCUCUUUGAGGAUGGUAAUGCAUGGCAAGCUCUUUCUAAGAUCUUUACUGCAAUGCUGGAGGACCCAUCGCUAGAUGGCGUGCUCCUGAUUGUUGAUGCACUUGAUGAGUGUUCAACGGACCAAGAGAAGCUCCUUGACUUGAUAAUCAGGUCUUGCAAUGUCAAGUGGAUCGUGACUAGCCGUAACUGGCCGGAAAUUGAACAGGUCCUAGAUCGUUCCACCCAGAAAGUCAGGCUACAUCUCGAGUUGAAUCAGGAAUCAGUUUUCAAGGCCGUUGAGGCAUUCACUGAAUGGAAGGUGGAGAAGUUGGCCGAAAAAAAGCAAUACGACGCAAAGCUCAAAAGCGACGUCAAGGGCUAUCUAGCUGAGAAUGCUGAUGGCACGUUCCUAUGGGUUGCUUUGGUUUGUCAAGAACUUUCAGAUGGCAAGGUGCUCCGCAAAUGUCAUACCCGCAAAAGGCUGGAGGCAUUUCCAAAGGGUCUCGACUCGCUGUACGGAAGAAUGAUGGCAUACAUCUCUUCUUUAGAUGAUGCAGAGAUAUGUAGAGAGAUACUAGCUCUUGUGUCUGUCGUGUAUCGACCAGUGACCUUGGCUGAGUUAGAAACUCUUCUAGGGCCACAGUAUGAUGGUGGGGAUGGUGACCUGCGAGAGGUUAUCGGUUGUUGUGGUUCCUUCCUGACAUUGCGGGGAGAUGCUAUCUAUUUCCUGCAUCAAUCGGCCAAAGACUUCUUGGUCAACAAGGUGUCAGACCAGAUUUCCCCUUCAGGCCUUGCACAUCAACAUGAACUGAUCUUCGAGAGGUCAGUGCAGGCACUAUCGGAGGCCCUGAAGCGUGACAUCUGCCAACUCGACCGACCAGGAUUUAGCAUCAAUAAUGUGUCACCAGAUAUCCUCCAGACAUUGCAUCCCAUUCGUUACUCGAGCGUUCAUUGGGUAAAUCAUCUCUGCGACUCGGAGGCCAACAGGGCGAGCAACAGUCUGAAAAGCGGUGGCGAUAUUGACAUAUUCAUCCGAAAGAAAUAUUUGUACUGGCUGGAAUCUCUUGGUCUCAUAGAAAGCAUAGUGGAAGGAGUAAAGGCCAUGCAUAAGCUCGAAGAUUUAGCUACUAGAUUACACGCACCAGAGCCAGUGACGAAACUACUUCAAGAUGCUCGCCGUUUUAUCCUCGCCCACAAGCGAGCGAUCGAGAUCACUCCAUUGCAAGCCUAUGCCUCGGGACUAGUCUUUAGUCCAGAACGUAGCCUCAUUCGAGAGCUAUUCAAGCAUGAAGAGCCAGAAUGGAUGAGUCUGAAGCCAAAGAUGGAUAAGAACUGGGAUCAUUGCCUACAAAUCCUUGAGGGUCAUGACGAGACCGUCAAGAUAUGGGAUAUAGAAACAGGCGUAUGUCGACAUACUAUUGAGGUCUAUGAUGGCUUUAUCCAUUCUGUUACUUUCCUACCAGACGGGCAAAGUCUCGCAUCCGCUUCACUGAGUAUUAAGAUAUGGAACACGAGAACAGGAUUAUGUCUACAGACGCUAGAGGACCAUGAUGCAGACGUGAGAUCACUGGCUUACUCUCCAGAUGGCCAGUAUCUUGCAUCGGGAUCCUCUGAUGGGACAAUUAAGAUCUGGAGUUUAGAUACGUGGGAAUGUCUCAAGACUCUGGAGGACCGCUCUUACACUGUCACUUCACUGGCUUUCUCACCAAAUAACCAUCGGCUUAUAUCAGGAUCAGUUGAUACUACGGUUAGGAUCUGGGAGAGGAAAUCAUUCUCAUGUUUACAGACACUACAGGCUCACGAUGAUAAAGUAGUGUCAGUAGCCUUCUCGCCAGAUAGUAAGCGUCUUGCGACAGUCUCAAGGGAUGGUAUGAUUAUAAUCUGGGAUGAGUCGACACGCUUUAGUCUUCCAAUGCUGAAAAUAUCCUCGCGUUUCGGGAUCGCAAUCUCAAUAGCUUUCUCAGCGGAUGGUGAACAUCUCGCUCUGGGUACGUUCGAGCCCAUGAUAGAUCUCUUAGAUGCAAAGACCGGCACAAUUCUACAGACUCUGGACGGCUUUGGUGAUUCUGUACCGUCUGUGGCCUUUACGGCUGACGGGCAAUUUCUUAUAUCAGGCUCAGGGGAUGGUUCAGUCAAGAUAUGGGCUGCGUCAAUCGACGGAUGCCCGCCAACAGUUGACUGUCAUAAUGAGAGAGUGAAGUCUUUGGCCAUUUCGGCAGAUGGCUUGCGAGUCGCGUCAGGAUCAGACGAUACUACUGUCAAGAUCUGGGAUACUGAGACAGGAAUAUGCCUUCAGACACUCGAAGGCCAUCGCAGCGCAACACAAUUUGUGACCUUUUCGGUGGAUAGUAAACGCUUGGCGUCUUGCUCCAGCGAUUGGACAAUCAAGUUGUGGGAUACUAUAGCUGGUGCAUGCCUCCUUACACUUCAGGGGGAUGGAAUGAUUUUCUCAGUGGCCUUCUCAACAGAUAAUCAAUAUAUUGUAUCAGGGUCGAGUUCAAACACAGCCAGGAUCUGGAAUGCAGCAACGGGUAAAUGCCUAUAUGCCUUUGAGCAUGACGAUCAUGUGACAUCAGUUACCCUCUCAGCCGACAGUCGGUGUCUCGCAGCCGGCCUAGGGGACGGGAUGAUUAGAAUUUGGAAGAUCAGAGAGCAGAACUUCCAAAUGCUACAGGGUCAUGCCCGACCGGUAUCAUCAGUAGCCUUCUCGGUGGAUUCCCAGUAUCUCGCAUCAGGCUCGUUAGAUGAAAUGGUUGGGAUCUGGGACUUAGAACAGUGCAUCUGUCUGCACACAAUCAACAUCGGUAAAGCCUUCGAUCGCCUAACUUUUGACCUAUGGACAAACUCUCGGAUCUACACGAAUAUCGGUGCUCUGAACUUAGAAGUACCAAACUCAACGCCUGAUGUCAACGCCGAGUCACUUGGGAUAGCUGCCUUCCCAACUUCUGAUUGGCCCACCCAUUAUAUUCAUACUGAUUGGGAAUGGAUUUUGAAUCAUGGUGAAAACGUACUUUGGCUCCCGCCCAAUUAUCGUACCAAGCUCUCGGCUGUUUUUAAAUCAACUGUAGCUGCUGGUUAUGAAUCAGGUCGGGUACUAAUAAUGAGGUUUUCUCAGAAUAGAGAUAGUUGGCAGUUAGACUAG